AUGGCGUGUCCUUUCAUUGAUGAGGUGGUGGAUGAGGGAGCGAUAAUCAUACGCAGGGCAUUUCAAAGAGAGCGUACUUUCAGGGACAGGGCAGACCCGUUGGCUUGUUCUGACUACUACCUGCAUGAGCGGUAUAGAUUCUCGAGGGAAGGGAUAGCAUAUAUUUGCAGAUUACUGAGCCCACACAUCGCAAAUAGCACACGGCGCAAUAAAGCGCUCACAGUCCAGCAGACUGUGUGCAUUGCACUUCGCUUUUUUGCCAGCGGAACAUUCUUGUACACAGUUGGAGAUGCAGAGAACAUCAGCAAAGCAUCGGUUUGCCGCUCUGUACGAAUUGUGUACCGGUCUUUAAAAAAAUUACUCAAUGUGUUCAUCACCUUCCCUGGCCACAGAGCGAUUCACAGUAUUAAACAAGCCUUUUAUGGAAUCGCUGCUUUCCCAAAUGUUAUCGGAGCUCUGGACUGCACCCACGUGCGCAUAAAGCGCCCGUCUGGUCCGCAUGAAGCAGACUUCGUUAAUAGGAAAUCAUUACACAGCAUCAAUGUACAGAUGAUUUGUGAUGCAGACUGCAUCAUCACAAAUGUAGAGGCAAAAUGGCCUGGCUCAGUGCAUGAUUCCAGAAUCUUUCGGGCCUCUUCUCUUUCCCACCAACUGGCACAAGGAGACGCAGACUGA